AUGGAUUCACCACACAGAGGGAACUUGGAGGACACAGACUUGAUCAAACUGCAAGAUGUUUCCUCAGCCGAGCUCUGUGGGACUUUGGUUGAAGAUCGUAAUCAGCAGAAAUCUGUGAAUGUGAAGCAACAUCCAGAGACAGCAUCAGUCCAGCCGGGACACUCAGUGACUCUCCAGUGUUCACUUCUCCCCAAGAACAAAGAAACCAGAGUCCAGUGUCCAGGUGAACACAGUGUGUACUGGUUCAGAGCUGGAUCAGGACAAUCUCAUCCAGAAGUCAUUUACACUCACAGGAACAGCAGUGAUGAACAAGAGGAAAGGAGCUGUGUCUACAGUCUGUCCAAAACCAUAAGAAACUCCUCUGAUACUGGGACUUACUACUGUGCUGUGGUCUCAUGUGGAGAGAUCCUGUUUGGUGAAGGAACUAAAGUGGAAACUAAAAACCCAGUUGUCCUUGUGCUUGGAUUGCUGUUGGCCUGCUGUGUGACUGUGAUUGUCGUCCUUAUUUUCUACGUAAAUCGAAGGACAGUUUGUGAACAUUGCAAAGCCAGCGAACACAGCAUCCGGCUGUGCCUCGUUCUUGUGCAGUCACGUCUGCCACUGCCAGAGAUGAUCCACUGCCAUCCUAGCCAGUGA